AUGGCCGUUAGCUCGCGGCUACCCGCCCCUCCCGCGCGGGGCCUCCUCCGCCGCUCGCCGCCGCGUAUCCUCCCUUCGAGACGCCUCGCUUGUGGCACCCGCGCUGUCUCCGGGAGCCCUGGGCCAGGCGGAUCGCCCCUCCCCAGGCGGCCGCCGGCGCCGCUGGACGCCGCGGCAGUCGCGCCGCCCUCGCCGGCGUCCUCCGCGGCGUCCUCCGCCGCCUCGGCCAUCGAUUUCCUCACUCUCUGCCAUAGCCUCAAGACCACUAAAAGGAAAGGCUGGAUAAAUCACAGCAUCAAGGGUCCCGAGUCUAUUGCUGAUCACAUGUAUCGUAUGGCCCUGAUGGCUUUGAUUGCUGAUGACCUACCUGCUGUAAAUCGAGAAAGGUGUAUCAAAAUAGCUAUCGUUCACGACAUUGCUGAAGCUAUUGUUGGCGACAUCACUCCAUCUGACGGCAUACCUAAAGCAGAAAAAAGCAGGCGUGAACAAGAAGCUCUAAAUGAAAUGUGUGAAGUUCUUGGUGGUGGAUCAACAGCUGAGGAAAUUAAGGGGCUGUGGGAAGAAUACGAAAACAACUCCUCUGUUGAAGCCAAUCUCGUAAAGGAUUUUGAUAAAGUGGAAAUGAUUCUUCAAGCGUUAGAGUAUGAGAAGGAGCAUGGAAAAGUGCUAGAUGAGUUCUUCCUCUCUACUGCUGGCAAGUUCCAGACAGAGAUUGGCAAGAGCUGGGCUGCUGAAGUGAAUUCAAGGAGAACCAAUGGAUGUGGACAGAACUAGGGGUAACUUGAUGUUUGGUGCUCGAUAUAGCCUCUAUGAAAUUUUCAUGAUGGGGUGGUGUGGCGAAUCUCAGACUCCAGAUUCAAGCCCACUUCGAGGCAAACAUAACCAAUUUGCCUCAGCUACCAGGUGUUGGUAAGGAAUAACGGAAUGGCGUCGACAGAAACUCGGGGAUCUAAAUUUGGUUAAGAGCUCAGUGGGCUGAAUAUGCACUGGGACUAGUAGUAUGUAGCAGUUUUUAUGUAUGCUGUUGGUUAGGAACAUCCAAACACGUUGUUUUUGUUGAGUCGGGAAAUAAAAAGGCUGGGGCCGUUCUCGACUGCCACCUUCCUUCGGUCGAAGUUGAUCUCUC